GAGUUAGUUGAUCGGCUGUUCAGUCGAAGUCGAAACGUGAUAACGAGUGCUAAUUCGUGGUUUUUAGUGAAUAUUUAAUUUAAAAGACAAUCUUUGCAAAUUCUUGAAGUGUUUCAUCGAUGGAAAAGAAUACAAGCAUGGGGGGUGAAGCGCACACGUACCCACCACAAAAUCCACCACCGUAUCCCGGUCCGCCCCAGGACUACCCCGUCACCAACCAGCCUCAGGCGAUGCCCAUGCAGGCUACAGUCAUCCAGGGGUCCAAUGUCGUCCCCGUUAUAGUGACUAAUGCUAUGGGUCCAAACUCAGCGACAAUCAUUUGCGGCUCCUGUGGGCAGCACAUAACAACCAGGGUAGAAAGAAUGCCUUCAGUCAGAACGCAUUUGUUCGCUCUUUUAAUAUGCUUAAUUGGAUGCUGGCCGUGUGCGUGUUUACCCUACUGCGUAGAGACUUGUAAUAAUGCUGACCAUUACUGCCCUAAUUGCAACUCGUAUGUUGGUUCAUACCGUGGCGCGUAGUACUAAUAAAGUUUAUAUUAAGUCACGAACUGAAUAAAAAUAAUACGCUAUUAUUUUAUUCACGUAUAU